UGCACUGUGUCCCUCGGACACAGCGGAUCACCGAUCGAUGAAAAGAGCCAAAGAUGUUGGCUCGGUCAUGCGAUCAGCUGUGUCCAAUCACAGCUUAUCGCUGAUCAUCAGGGCACUGAUGAUCAGUGUGCCCUGAUGAUCUGUGUAGCCCCAGCGGUGCCACCUGUCAGUGUCCAUCAGUGCCAGCUGUCAGUGCUCAUCCAUACCACCUGCCAGUGCCCAUCAGUGCCACACAAUUGCCACAUAUCAGUGCCUACCAGUGCACAUCAAUGCCACAUAUCAGUGCCCGUCUGAGCUGCCUUUCAGUGUCACCCAUCAGUGCCAGUCAGUGCCACCUAUCAGUGCUGCCAAUCAGUGCCACCUAUCAGUGCCAGUCAGUGCCACCUAUCAG